GGCUGGAGGGGCCCGCAGCGCGUUGGCCCCCGGCGUCGACUCCUGCGGCCCAGGCGAGGGGGGCGGCCGCCGGGGCGCACGCGGAAGGCCGCGGGCCGGGGGCGUGCGGUCCUUCGGGCUGCAGGGGGCGCUGUGCGAGCCCUCGCGCCCGGCCGCGGGCGCAGCUCUUGUUUAAAGGGCCGGCGGGGCACGUGGCUCGGACGCAGCUCGCGGCCGCCCGGCAGGAGCUCCGAGGCUGGGCGGCACCGCUCCGCCUCCGCCACCACCCGCGCGCCGCGCCGCGCCGAGCCCGACAGGCCGGCCCGAGGAGAGCCGCCGAGCGAGGGACGCGGCAGCCAUGGCCGAAGCGGCGCCCGCCCCGGCUCCAGAGAGGGACAAGCAAACAGCAGAUGAAAGGCCUUCAACACCUCCAUCGCCCCAGCCAGCUGCUGAGAAGAGCUCAUACCUCUACUCCACGGAGAUCACACUGUGGACAGUGGUGGCUGCCAUCCAGGCCUUGGAGAAGAAGGUGGACUCCUGCCUGGCCCGCUUGCUGACUCUAGAGGGGCGGACGGGGACCGCGGAGAAGAAGCUGGCCGACUGCGAGAAGACGGCCGUGGAGUUCGGGAACCAGCUGGAGGGCAAGUGGGCCGUGCUGGGCACCCUGCUGCAGGAGUACGGGCUGCUGCAGAGGCGGCUGGAGAACAUGGAGAACCUGCUGAGGAACAGGAACUUCUGGGUCCUGCGGCUGCCCCCGGGCAGCAAGGGGGAGGCCCCCAAGGUGCCCGUGACCUUUGAUGACGUGGCCGUGUAUUUCUCUGAGCUGGAGUGGGGCAAGCUGGACGAGUGGCAGAAGGAGCUGUACAAGCACGUGAUGAGGGGCAACUACGAGACGCUGGUGUCCCUGGAUUAUGCCAUCUCCAAACCAGACAUUCUUAGCCGGAUGGAGAGGGGAGAGGAGCCUUGUGCCGAAGACCCCUGGGGCCAGGAGGAGGGGAGUGAGGGAGACACAGCGGGGCCAGGGAGGCCAGGCACCGACCUCCCUCUAAAUCCAGAGUCCAUCUGUAGCCCAGUCAGCCCUGCCCAGGAGGAGCCAAAAGAAGGCCAGGCCCCUGAGCACCAGCAAGACCCAGAAGCAAGAAUCACCCUGCCUGCAACAAGCACUGGGCCCCCAGCCAGUACCAGCACUUCGUCCUCAGUUAAACAGGAGGAGGAAUCUUCAGAUGGGGAGUCACUGACCUCCGCUCCCAGGGGCAUUCUGACCGUCAUGGAGCCCGGUGGCGGUGGUGUGGUCGUCAAGACGGAAGCACGGUCUGAGGAUGAGGUGAUGCCCGAGAGGCUCUUCCUGGGGGAGCCGCCAGGCCAGACGGUGCGUGGGAUCCCCAGAGGACCCCGGAGGAGAACUGGGGGCCCCAGCCGGCUUCACGUCCCGGGGGCGCCCAGGGUUCGAGCUGGGGACCCGCGGCCACCAGGGGGGGAGCCGCCCCGUGUCCUCCCUCGCCGGCAGGCGCGCACCUUCCCCUGCCCUGACUGCGGUCAGAGCUUCCGCUUGAAGAUCAACCUGACCAUCCACCAGCGGACCCACAUGGAGGAGGAGCACCGGGAGGCCCAGGGCAGCGCGGCCUCUGCAUGGGGGGAGGCCCACUCCACUCUGGAGCCGGGGGAGGUGGUCGUGCCAGGCCCUGUCAUCCGCUGGCUCCCUGAGGAGCCCGUGGGCCACCGCUCCCUGCCAGGUCGUUCCUUCAUGGGGCGGAGGCCAGCGGCCACCAAGGUGUACCACUGCAGCGAGUGCCUGCGCUUCUUCCAGCAGCGCAAGAGCCUGCUGCUGCACCAGCGCCUGCACACGGGCAGCGGCCAGGGCUGGCCUGCGUGUCCCUACUGCGGCAAGGCCUUCCGCCGGCCCUCAGACCUCUUCCGACACCAGCGCAUCCACACGGGCGAGCGGCCCUACCAGUGCCCCCAGUGUGGCCGGGCCUUCAACCGGAACCACCACCUGGCUGUGCACAUGCAGACUCAUGCCCGUGGCCAGGCGGGCCCCCACUUUCCCACUCCCUCCGCCCGCCUGGGGGCUCUGGCUCUGCCACGGUCCAGCCACACUGAGGAGGGCUGAGCAGGCAGGAGCCUGUGGGGCACCUCCAGCCUCCCUGGGACACCCCCGGCAGGACCUUCUCUCCACCUGUGGGGCCUCCCCUUGGGCCUGACGCUGGCUCCUCGUGCUGGGAUGGCUUCAGAGAUGAUUUUCUCUCAUUUAAAUGGGAAGCAGUGGCCUUUUUGGUGAGAGUGUAUGUGCAACCAGAUGCCUCAAUUUCCUGUUUCCUGAGUUUGUUGCUCUUUGCUGCCUUUUCUACAUUCCUGACUUCGAAAGGAUUCGUUAAGGCCUAGGGGAUGCCAGGUUUUGGUGGGGGCCUUGGGCAGGUACCAUGGACAGGCAGGACGAACAGACAUGCUGGUCCUUCCAGUACAGGGUGAGAGGGCCGCUGAGGGCCUGAGGUUCUGAUUUUGUCCAUGAAAGUCUUCGCCUGCUUGUCGGCAUGAGAAGCAGCAGAGUGGAUAGACAGCCUGAAAAAGAGGCUCUGGAAAUCUGAGUUUUCUAUUUUAUUUUGAGAUUUUUGUUUCCUUACGGAGUUUUGUAAGUGUUGUAUGUGGUUGUAAAGGGGACCAGGAGCUCCUGGGGAGCAGGAAUUACCUGUCACCUCCUUGUGUGGGGGAGGCAGAAGGACUGUGUCACUCAGCCCGGCUGUUGAUAGAGAUGCUUUGGCUGCUGCCCUGGAAGCCAGGUGUCUUCCCAGGUGUGUGUUCCCUGGCCCAUUUCGAGUCCUUCCCGCAGUGGGGAUUCACACCUGUGAUGGACUGUAGUUAUCAGUUGUGGGGGAGCCAAAUCCCAGAGUGGAUGACACGUCCCCCAAGGUCUGUGUUCAUGGGUGUGCACGCUUCAUGGACUGGACCCCAAUGACACCUGGAGGUGGGUGGUGGGCGUGUGCAGAGAAAGCCCAGGAAGCUCCUCCCCCAGAGCAAGAUCCUGGUCUGGGUGGGGCUGGCCAGCUAAGCUGCUCCCCUGAGGCUACUGAGUCUGAUUUGUCCCCAAGAACUUGGGACUCAGGCAAGGCCAGGCCAGGAGAUCUGGGUGAAUCUUUUAACCACCUCCAGCCUCACGUUCCUUGUUUGCCAAAGGGACUGAUUCCCCAGUGCAUCCUACCUCACCCCAGGGCUGUCAGGGCCACUGUAGAUUCAGAGGCAGUAAGACAAUAGGAAGCCUGCUUUUGCCCUUGCUUUCAAGUUCAGGGCCCCCUUUCUCAUUCAUGUCCAUCUCUGGCUCUUUCCCCUGUCAAGAAUUCUUGAGGAAGGACCUUUACUUUCUGGAGUGAGUGGAAGAUCCCUGGUGCAGAGUGAGGCAAGACCUUCACGUUGGGCUGUAUCCCCCAGGAGCCCUUUGUGUUUCAAUGGAAUAAAUUUGUACCCAAGUGGUGGGGUUAAAAACCCAUUUGAAGUUCAGCAAUGACAUCAAGCCUCAUGGAGAAGUCUUGAUGGCAGCUAGCAUCUUGUGCCUCUUCAGUCACACCCCUGUGGGUGCUACCUAUGGGGCAGCCCUCGGUUUGGGUGAUUUUGAAGCUGGAGUGUUGGGUCCUCAGCUAUUUUGAUUGUUGUCUUAUUGUCAGGCACUGUGUGGAGUGGCCAGCAUUCAGGCCUUCUUCCAGAUGCCUCGGUCUCUGGCUCUGCCACUUCCUGUUGUCCCUCAACCCUCACACCUCUCCCGAAGUUAUGAGCAGAGGUGCGAGCAGAUGGGAACAUUGCCAACCCCUCUGGGGUGAGAGUGAGUGUACAGGGUAGUGACUGCUCAGCCAAGCUCCACUGGGCUUGGAAGAAGAGAUGCCAGCCUCCGCUGCUGUGCGUUCUACUUGUCUGUGCUGGCGCCCCCAGGCCUCACCAGGGGACCCAGAGUCAGGGCCGGACUGUUAGCAAGUGCCCAGACAGGAUGUGGUGCAAGUGUACCUGCUCAGAGCUCCCCCCUCAGCUGCCGGAGAGAGGCGUGUGUUUCCUGGGGAUGCCGCAGGGCUCAGUUCCGAGGCCUCUCUAAUGGUAAAUGUCCUUUGUAAAUACAGGCAUUCGAACAAGCACAAUCCACGAGUAAUCUCAAGGUACAGGCACACUUUCUUUCCAACCAUUUAACCCCGGCUAGGCCUUGUGGGUUUACCUGGCACUUAACAAGUGUUCAAAGAACGUUCUUUUUUUUUUUUGACUGUCAGUUUUAUUUUUUAAGUAUCAAGUGAGAUUAUCGUACACAAAUAGCUAUGCUGCUAAACUGAGUGUCUAAAGUGCUUGAGUUUCCAGAAUCUGACAUACACACUAUGGCACACUGGUGCCCUGAACAGGGGCAUAGGAUGUGUCUUCUUCCGUGGUUUGCAGGAAGCUCCCCACUUGGGUUGGGGGACACAGCCUGCAUGUGGAUUCAUGGUGCAUGUGGCUCCUUGGUGCAGGAGGGAAGUGGGCCUCCAGCCUCUCCUGAAGCUUCCCUGGCCACACCUUGAUUGAAAUACCACUGGCUGGGUAGUAUAGGGCCCUGGGCCUCUUCCCAGACCUGGUGGAUUAAGGCUGCCUCUUUACUUGCCUCGGCGGAGAGUUCCAGCACCUGGGCAAAGUACCUUUGGAGCUCCAGAUCCUUCUUUUGGGCCGCUUCCAGCAGGUCUAGGGCUUUCCUGUUUUCUUCUGAGCUGCUGAUCCUAGUUGCCCAGCAGAUGGCGUGUGGUUGUCAAUUGCCGCUGCAAAUCGUGUAAGAGCUGCGGCCUGUCUCCACCCAGGUGGGCUGAUCUCACAGGAAGUUUGUGCCUCAUGGUGUCCAGGGCCAUUGCACAUGUCCUGUACUGCUCCUUAAAGCGUUCAGCCACGGCCUUGUAGGGCGAGAGCAUCUCAAUCUGUGAGUCCAGGAUGUCCGCCAGUUCCCGCGUCCUCCGACAGAGGAGAAGUCCGUGCUUCAGCUUGUGGGCCUUUCUCUACAGCUUCUCCCUUUCUUUGCACAUCAUUAGUAAGUCCCUUUCUGCCUUAUUGAAGAAGCCAGGCCAUUCUCCAUCUUUACAGUGAGCAGAGUCAGGAGCAACGUUUGGGAUUCUGUCAUUUCCAUUGAUUCAGACAGAUCUGGGCUCCUUUUGCAUGAGGCAGAAAGUGACGACGACUCUGUUUUCUUUGACAUCCUUUUUUCCAAUUGUGGAGGCUUUCUGACCGUGCUUUUGUUAAUAAUGGCCGAGAGAUCCAGGUCAGGCGGGGCAGUGCCAUGCCCUUCCAGCAGUGUAGACUACAGGGCGCCUCUGCCGACUCCAGUACUAUCUUUGCUCUUCUCAAGCAGGCUGGCUUUCCUUCCAACUUCAGGCACCUUCCCACAGGUCUCCAAUGCGUCUGUCGCAGGAAAUUUGAGGCGCAGGAUAAACAAGGAGUUCCGACGGGGAAUCGUCUCUAUACAGGAUGAACUUAUUUUGCCAAAAAGGAUACCUUACAUGCCUGUAGCUCAUGACUCAGACAUCACUACUGUUAACAUUUUAGUAUUUCCCUCCUUUCUUUUCAUGUACAUGAAAUUGAAAGAUGAUCUUCCUUUUAAAAACUCUUAUGUUAUAUAUUUAAUCAGCCCCUCAUAUGUGGGCAAAGCUGGACCGAGGCUGGCUUUCUCACAUGGGUACCUGGUGUUGCCCGUUCAGCCAACAGGAGCCCCUUUCAGCCAGCAGGGGAUUGAUUGUCUUCUGUCCAACACCACUAGAUUUUCAAAGCUGUUUAAUUUACCAGCUUCACAGAGUGUAAUCUAGGGCUUCCACACUGCAGCAAAUGGGUUUUGCAUUCUCCCUUUUUUGUCUGUGGAAGUUGGGAUACAAGAAAGCAAUAUACCAGCAGCCUUAAAAUGAAUCAGGCAUGGUGAUGAAAAUCCAUGAGUGCCCCCAAGGGCUUCGGUCUCUCAAAUUCCCCCUGAUCUCUUCCCCCUCUGUGCUCCCUCAAAUAACGUUCUUGAUGCCGAAAUGACCCAAUGGAGGCCGCGUGUCUUCGGAGUGGAGCGGAACCGUGCUCCGGAACCUGGGAAGCAGGAGCGUGGUUUGGCCCUUAGUCUCACCGUCUUUUGUAAAACAAAGGUGGGGCCCUGGUGUUAAAGACACUAAAGAACUGUGACGGUGGCGGUGCCCUGCCCUCAUCGGUGCUCAAUAAAUAUGAGGGACUCCGUGA